AUGUCUCACUUGAACAAGAUGACCGGUGACGCCAAAGCCGUGUGGGACGCACAUGUCGACACAAGGACCGGCGUCACACCCCCCAAGCCAGCGGAACCCUCCGAGUUGACCAAGCUCCGCAAUACCAUAGGGGGAUCGUUCAAAGCCGCCGCCGCCUUGAUCGGAGCAGCGGCUGCACCAGUCCCCAAUCAAACAGGAGAUGGCUCCAAAAUCACACCAGAGGAAAAAGAAUCCUUGCACAAGAAUAUUGAAGGCGGCUUGCGAGACAUGUCUUACCUCAACAUCGAAAAUGCGGACACGCUGCUCCGUGUGCAAAAGGAGAAAAUGUUGGUUGGACUAACUGAUGACAAGACCUAUCUGAUGGAAGGUCUGAUCCGAGUUGCUGCAGCCCUGCCAGAUGGCUCUGGCACUCGAGAUAUCAUAACCAAGAAUUUCGUCACCCAGCUGUGGAAUGACCUGCAGCACCCACCGCAGUCGUAUCUGGGCCCAAAGUUCCAGUAUCGGUCUGCAGACGGCUCGAACAACAGCCUGGUGAAUCCUCAGGUUGGUGCAGCGGGCACCCCGUAUGCCAGGACCACGAAGCCAUCGUUGAUGCAGACGCCAGCCCGACCUGAUCCUGGUGUUGUUUUCGACAGCAUCAUGACCAGGAAGCAUGCCGAGCUGCAUCCCAAUCGCAUCUCCAGUAUGCUUUUCUACCUCGCUUCCAUCAUCAUUCAUGAUUUGUUCCGCACAAGCCACGAAGAUUAUUCAAUCUCGAUGACGUCCUCCUAUCUGGAUCUGUCUCCGCUUUACGGUAGCAACCAGGCUGAGCAGGACCAGAUGAGGACUGGCAAGGAUGGAAAGAUCAAGCCUGAUUGCUUUUCCGAGGCUAGAUUGCUGUUUUUCCCACCGGGUGUUGGGGCUCUGCUCAUCAUGUUCAAUCGGUUCCACAACUAUACCGUGGAGAAUCUGGCCAGCAUCAAUGAGCAAGGCCGUUUUACCAGGCCUUCGGCUGAGGCGCCCCAACCAACUGGAGAUGAGAAGAGGGAUGCAGCGGCAAAGGCCAAGUUUGAGGCAUCGUGGAAGAAGUAUGACAACGACCUCUUCCAGACUGGUCGUCUCAUCACCUGCGGUCUCUAUGUCAACAUCAUUCUCGUCGAUUAUGUCCGUACUAUCCUAGAUCUCAACCGGACUGAUAGCAACUGGCAGCUCAAUCCUCGCGAGAAUAUCAAGGAUCUACCCAUGGGAAUCGGCAAUCAGGUCUCCGCCGAGUUCAACCUGGUCUACCGAUGGCACUCUACAGUGUCCGAUCGCGACGAGAAGUGGACACAAGAGAUGUGGGAUGGUCUCUUCGGGGAGGGUGUAGACCCAAAGACUAUUGACAAGGAUACGUUCCUCAAGACGUUGGGUGGUGUCUACCGAAACACCAAUCCGGACCCUUCAAAACGAAACUUUGCUGGUCUCGAGCGCAAAGAAGAUGGCUCAUUACCCGAUCAAGAACUGGUUGACAUACUCACUUCCAGUGUCGAGGAUUGUGCCAACUCAUUUGGACCAAACAGGGUGCCUGCUGUUUUUCGUGCAAUCGAAGUCUUGGGUAUUGAGCAAGCACGGUCCUGGAACUUGGGCAGCUUGAAUGAAUUCAGAAAGUACUUCCACUUGGAACCCCACAACACUUUUGAGGACAUCACGUCCGACAAGUAUGUCCAGGAGCAGCUUCGACAUCUGUACGACCAUCCUGAUAAGGUCGAGAUCUAUCCCGGCAUUGUUGUCGAAGACGCAAAGGCGCCAAUGGCUCCUGGAGCGGGUCUGACGCCUGGAUUCACCAUUUCGCGAGCCGUGCUAUCAGAUGCGGUCGCGCUUGUCCGUGGCGACAGAUUUUACACUCACGACUACAACCCACGCACACUGACAAACUGGGGAUACCGCCUCGUCGACUCUGACAAUGCCGUCGACAACGGUAGCGUCUUCUACAAACUCUUCCUCCGCGCCUUCCCCCAGCACUUCAGGCACAACAGCAUCUACGUACACUAUCCCAUGACUAUCCCAUCUGCCAUGCGGACUGCUCUCGAACAUCUCGGAAAAGAUCAUUUGUACGACUUUUCCAAGCCGCAGGUGGUCCACCACCCGCAUCUUGUCAGGGAGUACAAACUCGCGACCGACAUCAUGAAAGACCAAGGCACAUUCAAAGUCGUCUGGGGCAAAGCCAUGGAAUACAUCAUGGGCUCUGCAGCUGCAGACUUUAUGCUCGCAGGAGACGGCCCCAAGAACGCCUCCUCGCGAGAAAUGGUGUCCAAGGCGCUCUACGUCUCCAACUGGGACAAGGAAGUGCGCUCCUACUACGCGGCCAAGACCAAGCAACUGCUCGCAGCAAAGGGGGCAAGGAUAGCAGACUUCAAUCAAGUCGAUAUUAUCCGCGACGUUGGCAAUCUCGUUCACGUACACUUUUGCGCUGAACUCUUCAUGCUGCCCUUGAAAACUGCAGAGCGGCCACACGGACUCUUUACAGAAGCUGAGCUCUACCUCAUCAUGUCCUCCGUCUUCGCCCUCAUCUUUUUCGACGUCGACCCCGCCGGCUCCUUUCCCCUGCACGUGAAGGCACACAAAGCAACACACCUCCUCGGCGAGAUUGUCGAGAAGAACGUGACUGCCAUUGCCAACUCGGGCUUCCUCUCCAGCGUCAUGCAAGCCAUCUGGCCCCACGAAUCCGUCCUCAAAAGCUACGGCAUACACAUGAUCCGCCGCCUGUUGGACUCGGGCAUGGACCCCAAACAGCUCGUCUGGGGCCACAUUCUCGGCACCGCCGGCGGCAUGGUGAGCAACCAGGGCCAGCUCUUUGCCCAAACCCUCGAAUACUACAUCCUCGGCGCCGGACAAGAACACUGGCCCGCGAUCCAACGGCUCGCCGCCGAACCAGACGACGACGAGGCCGCAUUCGAGCAACUCAUGCAUUACACAAUGGAAGGCUCGCGCCUCAACGGCGAAACCGCCGUCCUCCGCGCCCUCGCAAAAGACACCACCAUCACCGAGACCCGGGCUGGCAAACCAACACAAACCCAUCUCCACGCCCACGACACCGUCUUCGUCAACCUCCGCGCCGCAUCCCACGACCCGACCAUAUUCCCCAAUCCAGAUCAAGUCGACAUUACGCGCCCGCUAGACUCGUACAUUCAUCUUGGCCACGGCGCGCAUCAGUGCUUGGGGCUGCCCAUGACGCGCGUUAGUCUGACGACCAUGUUGAGGGAGGUUGCGCGGCUCAAGGGAUUGAGGCCUGCAAAGGGGCCGCAGGGCAUGGUGCACAAGGUUGUCAAGAGGAUGGGUGGGGAGGCCGAGGGCGAAGAUGCGUAUCCAUAUCAUGCGUAUUUGACGGAGAAUUGGGAUAUGUAUUUUCCGUUUCCUUGUACGCUUAAACUCUGCUGGGACGAUUAA